CAAGUCAUCUUCUUCACUGUUUAAAUUAAAGAUAAUCAUUUACUUUCAAGACUUUCAAGAAAUCCCAUUAAUAUCUUAAUAAUUUUUAGUUUUACUGUAAUUCAAAAAUCAUGCUUUUCAACCUUUAUCUGCAACAUAAAAAUAUUCCUAGAAAUUACUUAAAAAGUUACAAGUUUUUUUAAAAAUAAUUUUUCUUUUUAAAUUGCUUGUAAAAGUUUCUGUGAUUAAAAAAGUUUGUCACUUUCUUAGAUAUUAUUGUGCAUCAGCACGCGUCAUAUGAUGUUUUCCAGUGUGCCUCGAUGCGGGACAAAAGCCUUUCACACGCUAUAAAAAAACCAAAAAAAACUUUGCCCGUAUUACAUUUCCAUGCUCGGAUUUUUUCAAGGCACCAGGAAAUUUCGUCCCUGAUGCAAUCAGUACACAAACGAGAAAUCCAACAAAUCCGGUUUAGCAAGAUGAAGUAAGUAGUACGAUGACUGUCGGUGUGAGAGCGUGGGGAAUUUAUUUCCCCCAUUUAAAUAGUUGAGGAAAAUUGCGUGGGUUGGCAGUAAGAGGGGGCCUUUCUUUGUGGGAGGCUCUCAGGGCUAUAUAAGCUGUGAUCAGAGGCUCAUCAUCACAGUAUCACAGACUCCACCACAGGAAAGGAGAGAAAGCAGCAACCAACCAAGGAAAAUAUGAUGUCUAUCAAAGCGGCAUUUAUAGUGAUCGCAUUCCUUACUGUUUGUGUUCAGCAAACAGAUGCAGCUCUGGGUUUUCGGUGUUGCCGAAAAUACAUGAAAGGCAAAUUACCUUUUGCAAUUAUCAAGGGUUACUCCGUGCAGAAAGUCACAGAGUUGUGUCCCAUCAAUGCCAUCAUUUUCCACACAAGGAAGGGUAACACUUGCACCAAUCCUGCUCUAAGCUGGGUGAUGGAGUAUGUUGAGCGCAUAAGGAAACGAGCGCAGAAGGUUCACAAUGAAUCACUAAAGUAGAGCGGACAGAUGGAGAGUCGCCCGACUCACUGAAGGAGAAUCUGCAGAGGCAGCUUAAGCGUCUGCUCGCUUAUUUUGAGCUUUGCUUGUUAUUCAGUUACUCAAAGGGUUUGACUGCUUGGAAAUCCAGUGAACCCCAGCUAAUAAAAGCCUCCGCAGACAAAAGCUAAUGCUAUGCAUUGUACAUAUAAGCUCACUUGUCAGAGCACUUUAUUUUAUAUACAUACCUGUACAUCCAUUUUUGUAUGGCUCUGUUGUAUAUAAGAAUUCUGCUUAAGAAAAAAAUAUUGUUAUUUUUGUGGUUUUAUAAAUAAAUACAAAUGAAUCUGACUAUUGCCUGUUUCUUUCUAAUAGCAUCACAGAGAAGGAAGAUUUAAAUCAUGGAUGCUUACUUUAGUUUAGUACAGAGGUCUGCAAUCUUUGGCUCUUUUAUCCCUUUAUUGUGGCUCUUUGGCUUUAAUGAAAAAAAUGCUAACAAUUGAAUACAUAUGAGAUUAGUUAU